GGAAAGAAGCAUACAGACUCUAUGAGAGGCAUUAUGAGGUGGAGGUCACCGCCCAUAGACCCCACCCUCUGGUUCGCAAUAAUACCGGCAUACCCACUCUUGAUGAGGAACUGACUGGCCUAGUUUGAUCAGGAGCAACUAUGAUAAUAUUUUGUUUUUGUGUGCUUUUAUUCCCAAGGAAGCCUUACAUUGUAUAGUAGUGGGAUAUCCUACUUUGUUUUGCUUUAUCUUCACUUUUGCACAAACCUGUCACGUUGGCUCAGGCAAUCAAGGUGCUUUGACAGGAGCUGUUGGAAGCUGAAGCUGAGGACGUCUACGUGCCUUGCCAAAACGCAUUUGCGUCGGUAACUGUGCGGUUGGCUAGCAAGUUUGAUGGUGGGCGUCAUGCCUUAUCACGACGAGGAGUAUCCGGGCCAGCCUCUGUGGCAGUCUGUGGUGCUGUUUUGUUGUAAGGGUAUGAUCGAGAUCAUCAUGGUCGUCCUCUUCUUCUGGCUUCUUCUACAGGUGCUCUUCACGAAACAACUUGAAGUUCACCUUCAAGUUCUUCUUCUGGUUGGACUGAUCACUUUUUGUCUAAGCUUGCUCGUGGGAUGUGUUCUAUGCUGGUGGAAAAGUCACAUUUGUUGUGAUGAAGACAAUCAAAGUGUGACAUCAAUUGAACCUGUGACCAUAGAGCGCUGCGUGCCCACAUCGGCGGCGCCCUCGUCAUCAUCCAGGCUUCACUAUGAAGAGUUGGACGGAGAUACGCUGGACUACCCGUCCGCGUUCACCAGCCCGAGCCCUUUUGAGGGGGAAUUUACCUCCUGGUCUUUCUCCAAUAAAGCCCAGAAGGAGCAACCCAAAACGUUUUUCUCACUGCGCCGCCUCAGCAAUCCCCCUCUUUAUAAACACAUAGACAAUAGCAAUACUACGCUGCAUUCUUUCCCCAAACUUCUAUCCAAGGCUCUGCAGAGACGCUGCACUGUGGCUGGCGACAGUAUAUACCAGGAGGGCUGUAGGCUCAGCAGAAACUCAGACAGCACUCCUGAGGAACCAAUCCCAUUGGUGUCAUUGGAUUACGGCUCUUCUACCAACUGCAAGCUGUCAACACCGACGAGGUCCCAUCUCAAUUUUACAAUGCUCUUUUCCCCAGAUAGACGCACCCUGACAAUCACGAUCCUCAGCCUCACGGGGUCAUCUCACAAGUUGGAUGAUGUGUCGGUGCAGGCCUGCCUUCCACCCCUCCAUCCCGAUUUCGUGCAAGCGCCGAUCCGGAGCGGCCUUAGCCGAGUCCUGGUUUUAAACGUGAACUCUGCAGAGGAGCUCCAAAGGUGCACCCUAAGAAUAGCUUUGUACACUCGGGAUGCCCAAGGACUGACAGGCACCGCAUUGGGGGUGCUCCAGGCUGAAUGUGGAGGAAGAAACUGGAAUGCAAGCCAAGAGAUUCACGUUACUAAAGAGCUCCUUUCAAACAAACGGACGGCAAAAAAGGUUGCAGGCUCCAUAGAAGAAUUAUGUGUGUAA